GUUAUCACAAACACGUCGAUUAUAUGCAUAACGUAGACGUAUAUAGUACUCAAUAUAAAUGUUUUUGACGGUCGUUGAUGAAAAAACCGGUAAAUUAUUGUUAUUGUCAUUUAUUUACAAGGCAUAGCCACGGUGACUCUCAACAAACUUCCUGUGAAUACUCUGAACUUGGAAUUUUUAGAAAGUCUACGUGAUCAAAUAAAAAAACUCAAAAAUGAAAACGUCCGAGGAAUGAUAUUAACUUCGGGUUUGAAAAAUGUAUUUUCUGCCGGUUUGGAUUUGAAAGAGUUUCACGAACCCGAUCCUACAAGGUUAGCAAAAUUCUGGUCAACCUUACAAGAAACGUGGAUAGAACUUUAUUUAACACCUUUUCCGACGGCAGCUGUUAUAAAUGGUCACAGUCCAGCGGGAGGUUGCCUGUUGGCUAUGAGUUGCGACUACAGGGUGAUGGUCGAACCCAAAUACACUAUUGGACUCAACGAAACGCAGCUUGGAAUCGUUGCUCCGAAAUGGUUUAUGGAUACCAUGAUCGCGGUGAUCGGCCAAAGGAAUACAGAGAUUUCUUUGGCCACUGGUAAAAUGUACACCGCCCAAGAAGCGUUGAAAAUAGGUCUGAUCGACGACAGUGCGCCCGACCGCGAUAGUGCCCUCGCCAAAGGAGUGGAUUUCUUGAAUAGAUUUAAAAAUAUAUCACAAUGGGCGUUCCGAAGCACCAAAGAAAUGAUCCGUCGACCGACCGUCCAGUGGUUACUUGAUAACAAAAACGAAGACCUUGAAUUUAUCAUGGACUAUAUGCAAUCGUCACGCGUUCAAAAGAGUAUAGGCCUUUAUUUACAGUCCUUAAAAAAAUAAAAUUCUAGUUUAAAAUUCAGACAAUUGUUUAGUUUAAGGGUGAAAAUUUGUGAAAUGUAUAAAAGUGUAAUUAUAAAAUUGGUCGGGAAAAGGUAUCGACAAUAUAGUGUAGUUAUUUAGUGUCUACAGUAGUCUGCCGAAGAAGUAGGAGGGGUUGCUGUAGCCCUAUGAAAAAUUUAGUUGAAAAUAUCCCUCCCCAUAUCACUCUUGUUUAGUGGAAUUAAGUGAAUGUAAUAUUCAAACAUUUAGUAAAUACAAUAUUAUUGAUAUGUAUUGUACCUUAAGAGAUUUUCAAUCCAAAUUUUUGCUCAUGUUCUGAUAAUUUAUUAAGUCAUAUAUUUCUUAAUUUUAAUAUAUAUAUAUAUAUAUAAAUGUCUGAAACUCAACAUUAGAGUAUUUACAUAUUACAAUGCCAUAAGCACAAAACAAAAAUCUAUAUAUUUGUACUAUAGUUUGAGAUACAAUAAACUGAUUAAAUAACACAA